ACGCAGGUGACACAGCCGAGUUUGCAGAUGAGCAGCAGGAGGAAGGCCCAGAUAACACAUUUCCUGAGCAGUCGACUGAAACAGCCUCCUCUGUGGUGUUGGAAGGAAGGAUGAAAUCUACAGACAAUGAAAGUGUGUCAGGUCACGUAUCAACUCUCUCUAGUGGGUCUGAAUUGAGUAAACUGGAACAAAGAUUUACAGCUGCCAGUAUGGAACACAUACCACAGCUACAAGAAGGGAAAGUUGACAAAGUGUGUUUCUAUGUAGCUCUUGAUGAAAUUCCUCAAGAAUUUGUGUCAGAUUUUACUGUGUAUUUUCUGAGAGACACCAAAGAAAGAGUUACUGAACCUAAUGACCUGACUGAAGCUAAUGAGAUUCUUCCUAAAGUAAUAAAGUUUGGUGUACUGACUGAUGAUACUUUUUUGAUGCUAAAGAAUGCCAUCUCACAGCAGGCUGAGGAAACUUCCUUUCCUUCGGAUAGUGAAAACACAGAUUCUGAAAAAAAGAAUUUACCCAGGACUGAGCUUGCAGAAAAGGAAGAACAGCCUGUGGAAUCCUGUAAUACUGAGAUGAGGAAUGAGAUUCGAAUGAACAGGCAAAAAUUCUUCAGUGCUACUCAGGCGACUGCACAACAAACUGUAGGACAUAUUAAACUGGAGAUGCCAACUAUAAAUCUAGAUGGAGAAGUGGCUGUUCUUGCCACAGUUCCAGAAGUUGUUGAAGCUCUGGAAGGUUGUGCAGUGACCUGGCAGAAAUUAAUAUCCACACCUCUAGAGGAACAACUGAAGAAGGUUCCACAGGGUAAUGGUCCGCUUGCAGAAAUUGACUUCUGGUGUGAAAGAAAUGAUACUUUAAGUGCUCUUACUGAACAGACAAAGCUUCCAGAAGUGCAAAAAGUCUUGGAAAUAUUACAGAAAGCUGAAUCUGAGCAUGUUGGAGAUUUACAGAUAGUCAUAAGUGACCUCAGAAAACAUCAUGUGGAAGCUCUAGAUAAUGUUAAAUUUCUUUCAACUCUUGAACGCCAUUUGAAGAUUUUAACACAUGGCACUGGGUUUAAUGUUGUCUUGGAUACAAUUCCUUCGCUGAUGAAUGCCCUGAGAAUGGUGUGGACUAUUUCACGGCAUUACAACACGGAUGAACGGAUGGUACCCCUCAUGGAACGAAUUGCAUGGGAAAUUUCAACAAGAGUGUACAAAGUUGUGGAUUUACACACACUGUUUAAAGAAGAUAGAGCUGCUGCAAAAAAGAAAAUAGCAGAAGCCAAAAGCGCUCUUGAACAAUGGAAGAAAUGUUAUUUUGCUGUUCGUGCCCAGAUUGAAGCCUCAGGAAGAGAGCAACACUGGGAAUUUGACCGAAAGCGUUUAUUUGAAAAAACAGAUUACAUGACUUCAGUCUGUCAAGAUCUGUAUGAUAUUUUGCAGAUCACUGAAGAGUUUUACAAUAUAUUUAGUCCUGAAUUGAAAACUGUCACAGGGGAUCCAAAGCGUAUUGAUGAUCUAGUGAGAGGAGUAAAUGAACUAACCAGUCCUAUGGAAGAACUGACUUUUGACCCUUUUAGCAUCAAAAGUGCACAUGACUGGAAAGUUAUUAUGGAAGAAUUUAAAGAAGAAGUUUCAGUUAUUGAAGAAGAGACCAAAAACUUUAUUGAUGAAUCUUUUAAGACCCUUCGAUCAGCAGAAGCUGCAUUUGACAUGCUGUUAAAAUUCAAACACAUCCACUCUCGUGAAACCAUUCAUAAGCAGAUGAUGAUGAAGUUCAAUGAUAUUUUGGACCAAUACUGUAAAGAGGUCAAAAAUGUUAAGCAAAUCUUUGUUCAGAACCUCAAGGAUCCACCUUUGUACAAGAAUCAUCCUCCAGUGGCUGGAGCAAUAUACUGGUCUCGAUCCCUUUUCUGUCGGAUCAAACAGACUAUUAUUCGAUUUCAAGAAGUAGAGGAGUUGCUUGCUAGUGAACGUGGACAGGAAGUAAAGCAAAUAUAUCUUCAGGUGGCCAAGAGGAUGAAAGAGUAUGAAGAUCAAAAAUACAAUCAGUGGAGAGAUGGGACAGAACAGAUACUCCCAGUGUUACUGAAAAAUACUCUGCUGACUGUCAUCACUGGUGGGGCUGCAACCCAUGUUAAUCCAGAGACUUCUGAGCAGAGCUCUCUAACAGAGGAGCCUGUCACCACAAAGAAAAGUAUCCACUUCAUAGUAAAUUUUUCUCCCAUGCUCCAAGAGAUUAUCGUUGAAACAAAGUACAUGGAACAACUAGGGUUUCCAGUCCCAGAAAUAGCAAGAUAUGUGGCAUUACAGGAAGACAGAUAUCUCAGGUAUACAAAUAGAUUGAAAAACAUGCUGGAUCACUAUCACAAAUUAAUGGGAACACUGAAUGAAGCAGAAACGAAACUUCUUGAUGACCAUAUUCAAGAACUCUGGAGAGUGUUCAAAUCAGGGCACAGAAGACUCAAUUGGAACUCCUUAGGUAUUGGUGACUUUAUUGUCCGAUGUACACAAGCCAUCAGGAAGUUUGAAUCACUUGUCCAUCAGAUUCAUAAUAAUUCUGAAGACAUAAGCAACAAACUUCUGUUAAUAGAAUCAACAAAUCUCUUUAAGUUUCCACUUUCAAAAAAUGGUGAUGAACUUCCUAAAGCGAAAGAAUUUUUUGAAUAUGUUAAGUGUGAAAGAGUAAAAGAUGUGGCACACAUGGUUAGAAAGUAUACUGCCAUUCCACAAUUGCUAAUGAAAGUGGAAGGACAAAUUGGCAAUACGAACAGUGGCAAAUCUCCAAAAUUAACUUCCUAUUAUGCAUACUGGGAAAAUAGGAUUUAUCAGGUGUUGACACAGUUAAUUGUGAAGAAUUUGCAGACUUUUAAUGCAGCUGUUCUUGCUAACGUGCCACUGUUCCAAACAGAAGCUAUUUUAUCUGUUCCCGAGAUAAUCUUGCAACCUAAUGCCAGUGAGAUUGACAAAAUGACUGUACAAUGUAUCCGAGACUGUGUUGAGGUCACUAAGCAUUUUGUACGAUGGAUGCAUGGUACAUGUAUUGAAUGCCCUCCUCAGCGUGUCGAGGAAGAUGAAAUUAUCACUUUCAGCUUUUACAAUGACGUCUCCCAGAACCCUCUGAUAAUUGAACAGGCUGUUCUCAUCACUCAGAAUGUCCACAAACUCCUGGCUUCUCUCAGCAAGUAUUUGAACCAAUGGAAGAGGUACCACCUGCUCUGGAAAUUAGACAAAAGCAUUGUCAUGGAGAAGUUAGCUGCAGAAAAAACUGCUUGUGUCACCUUUGAUGAAGAGUUACAGUUUUAUAUGAAGGUAGCUCAAGAAGUAACUCAACAGCCCUUGAUUAAAGAUGAGCAAUUUAUCAGGCUUCAGCUGGCUCCUUUAGCCUACACAGUGCAGGAGAAUGCUAUAGGCUGGGUGGUCUCACUUGGAAGGUUGCUUAACGAGUCAGCAAGAGAGGAACUCUUCAGUCUCCAGGAGGAGAUUCAGAGCUUAUCACAGAGUCUUAUGAGACCUCCAGAUUCCCUGGAAGAUCUCAAAAUUGUCCUUGAUACAAUUGCAGAGAUCAAAGGCAUGUCCUUCAAGGUGGAACUGAAAUACUUGGACAUCCAGGAGAGAUACCGAACUCUUGCAAUGUACAAUAUUCCAGUAGCUAAAGAAGAGCAAGAGAUGGCCAACAAUAUUAAGGAAAAAUGGGAGACUCUCUUAUUUGAAGCAUCAGAAGUUGAUCACAACCUUGGAGGCAUAAAAAGAAAAUUCACAAAGAUUACACAGCAACAAAUUGAGGACUACAGCAAAGAGAUAGAAGAUUUCUUCCAUAAAUUCGUGACCGAGGGUCCUGGUGCUGUUGGGGAAAAUCUUGAUGAAGGAUUGGAACUCAUGGCCAUUUUUGAAAAAGAAGUGGAAAAACUGGAACAAAAUCAUCAGGAACUGAGCAGUGCUGAAAAACUUUUUGACUUGCCAGUUACAGUGUAUCCUGACUUAAUGAAAGCACAGAAUGAUAUGAAAGGUUUAAAGCAGAUCUAUGAAAUUUAUGAAUUACAAAGAGCAGCUAAAAAGGAAUGGUCUCAGACACUCUGGAUAAACCUCAAUGUCCAGUUUCUUCAGGAAGGAAUUGAAGGAUUUCUUAAAGCCCUUCGAAAGCUGCCCAAACAAGUACGCAGUAUGCCAGUAGCCUUUCACUUGGAAACAAAAAUGAAGGCAUUUCGAGACUCCAUUCCUUUGUUGCUUGAUUUGAAAAAUGAAGCUUUAAGAGAAAGGCAUUGGCAAGACCUUAUGGAGAGAACAGGAACAAGUUUUGAAAUGACAACAGAAACAUUCACUUUGGAGAAUAUGUUCGCCAUGGAACUUCACAGAUACUCAGAUGUUAUCAGUGAAAUAGUCGGAACUGCUGUUAAGGAACUUAGCAUUGAGAAGGGUGUGAAGGAAAUAGCAGAAACAUGGGAACACCUGAAAUUCACUGUACAAAUGUACUUCAAAGGCACUGAGAAGCGGGGCUUUAUUCUGGGAUCUGUAGAUGAAAUUUUAGAGAUUCUGGAUGACAACAAUGUCAAUCUUCAGAGUGUUUUGGGCAGUCGAUUUGUGGGUCCUUUCCUUUCAACCAUUCACCACUGGGAAAAAACUCUGUCAUUGAUUGGUGAAGUAAUUGAGAUCUGGAUGGUGGUUCAGAGAAAAUGGAUGUACCUGGAGAGCAUCUUUGUUGGUGGAGAUAUCAGAUCACAGCUUCCAGAGGAAGCCAAAAUAUUUGACAGCGUAGACAGGAUGUUUAAAAAGAUAAUGGAUGAAACUGUAAAAGAACCAACAAUAAAAAAUUCCUGUGAAGCCCCAAAUCGUCUAUCAGACCUCCAUCAUAUAAGUGAUGUGCUGGAGAAAUGUCAGAAAAGCUUAAACGAUUAUUUGGAUUCCAAGCGAAAUGCUUUCCCAAGAUUUUUCUUUAUAUCUGAUGAUGAGUUGCUUAGUAUCCUAGGCAGCAGUAACCCACUUUGUGUCCAGGAACACAUGAUAAAGAUGUAUGAUAACAUAGCCUCCCUGAGGUUUCAGGAUGGUGAUAGUGAUGAGAAAAUUGCAACAGCCAUGAUUUCAGCUGAGGGGGAAGUGAUGGAGUUCCGGCAGGCUGUAGCUGCAGAAGGCAGAGUGGAGAACUGGAUGACAGCAGUGCUAGCAGAAAUGAGACGAACAAACAGACUCCUUACUAAGGAAGCUAUUUUUCGAUACUGUGAAGACAGAAGCAGAGUUGAUUGGAUGUUACUCUACCAAGGCAUGAUGGUGCUGGCUGCUAAUCAGGUGUGGUGGACUUGGGAGGUAGAGGACGUCUUUCGGAAAGUGAAGAAGGGAGAAAAACAGGCAAUGAAACUUUAUGCUAAAAAAAUGCAUAAGCAAAUCGAUGACCUGGUUACCCGCAUUACAAUGCCUUUGAGCAAAAAUGACAGGAAAAAAUACAACACUGUUCUCAUUAUUGAUGUUCAUGCCAGAGACAUUGUUGAUACAUUUGUAAGAGACAGCAUUCUGCAGGCUCAGGAGUUUGAAUGGGAAAGCCAGCUGCGUUUUUACUGGGACCGAGAGCCAGAUGAACUGAAUGUUCGGCAAUGCACAGGCACGUUUUCAUAUGGUUACGAGUAUAUGGGUUUGAACGGACGUCUGGUGAUCACCCCGCUUACAGAUCGUAUUUAUCUUACACUCACACAGGCUUUAUCAAUGUUUUUGGGAGGAGCACCAGCAGGGCCAGCAGGUACAGGGAAAACAGAAACAACCAAGGAUCUGGCCAAAGCACUGGGCUUGCUGUGUGUAGUGACAAACUGCGGAGAAGGCAUGGAUUUCAAAGCUGUCGGUAAAAUUUUCUCUGGUCUUGCCCAAUGUGGAGCAUGGGGAUGCUUUGAUGAAUUCAAUCGUAUUGACGCUUCUGUGCUUUCAGUCAUUUCUUCUCAGAUUCAGACUAUUCGAAAUGCUUUAAUGAAUCACUUGAAAACAUUUCAGUUUGAAGGACAGGAGAUUACCCUUGACAGCCGAAUGGGCAUUUUUAUUACGAUGAAUCCUGGUUAUGCUGGCCGGACUGAGCUCCCUGAGUCUGUAAAAGCUUUGUUCAGGCCUGUGGUUGUUAUUGUACCAGAUCUUCAGCAAAUCUGUGAAAUCAUGCUCUUUUCUGAAGGCUUCCUUAUGGCAAAGAUGCUUGCCAAAAAGAUGACAGUACUAUACAAGCUGGCAAAGGAACAACUUUCUAAACAGCAUCAUUAUGAUUUUGGACUGCGGGCCCUUAAGUCAGUGUUGGUGAUGGCUGGAGAACUGAAAAGAGGAUCCGCAGACCUCAGUGAGGAAGUUGUACUGAUGAGAGCUCUACGAGAUAUGAAUCUUCCUAAAUUUGUGUUUGAAGAUGUACCUCUCUUCCUUGGCCUAAUCUCUGACCUGUUUCCUGGCCUGGAUUGCCCUCGAGUCCGCUAUCCUAACUUUAAUGAUGCUGUAGAACAAGUGCUGGAAGAAGGGGGUUAUGUUGUUCUACCAGUCCAGGUGGAUAAAGUAGUUCAGAUGUAUGAGACAAUGUUAACUCGUCACACUACAAUGGUAGUUGGACCUACUGGAGGUGGCAAGUCAGUUGUCAUUAACGCUUUGUGCCAGGCCCAAAACAAGCUGGGAUUAUUGACAAAGCUUUACACGCUGAACCCUAAAGCUAUGAGCGUGAUUGAACUGUAUGGGAUCCUUGACCCUACCACACGAGACUGGACAGAUGGAGUCCUGUCAAACAUUUUUCGGGAUAUCAACAGGCCUACUGACAAGAAAGAGCGAAG